AAAGAAUUCGUUAUACUCUAUCAUGUCUAUCAAGAACGUUGCCAACAGCCUCGUCGUGCUUGCCGCCGCCUUUCAAGGCUCAUCGGGUGCAGUGCUUCGUGGGAAAUCUCUCGAGCCCAGCUCACCGCAUGGCCAAGGCAAUGCUCUGGCGCUGGCUGGCGGACACAACGAAGCCUCCCUGGAAGUCAAGAAUGUCCCCGGCGGCAUGUUUCACGGCGGUCACCGUGUCCCGACUGCCGUUUUGGAGAUUGUCAGGCGUGCUUCUACUGCCGGGGUUGCGGUGUCGGAACAGGAGCUGAAGGAACUCAUCGCGGACGUCCAAGACGUCGAACAAAGGCUCUCUGCCUUGAUGAAAGGCCAGGCUGCUGUACUGACAUCCGGUGGCCAGGCAUCAAAUGGAGCUGCCGCGGGCACAGGGGCGUCUGGUUCCUCUGGCUCCUCUGGUUCCUCUGGCUCUUCUGGCUCCUCUGGCUCCUCUGGUUCCUCUGGAGCCUCUGGCUCCUCUGGCUCCUCUGGCUCCUCUGGCUCCUCUGGCUCCUCUGGCUCCUCUGGCUCCUCUGGUUCCUCUGGCGGCUCUGGCGGCUCUGGCUCCUCUGGCGGCUCUGGCUCCUCUGGCUCCUCUGGCUCCUCUGGCUCCUCUGGCUCCUCUGGCUCCUCUGGCUCCUCUGGCUCCUCUGGCGGCUCUGGCGGGUCUCUGCCCUCGAAUGCCGCCUCCGACCCCGACAGGCAGGAAGGCACAGCGACGGGUGUUCCCGACUUUGUGGUAAGUGGUGCUGUCCCUGAUCAGCUAACGACCGGUGUAGCAAACUCGGCCAACUCGUUGGCAGCGACCUCGACCGCUUCAGUGAUUCAGGGAGUCAGCAAUGGCCUCGGCGCAAGUGGUAGCGAUUUGGGGAAAGUUGUCACGUCGUCCGUCAGGGCAGGCGCCAGCGGCUGUACCUUCACAAUCACACGGACCUUGACCGAGUACAUUGUUGACGACCCUACACCACUCCCGGUUGCAGAGGAUGUCUCUGCCAUCGUGAACGGCACUUCUGCGUCGGAGAAUCUCUCAGCCAACCUGAAAGCCAUUCCCUCGGGUGUAGACGGCACAGCCCUUCUCGACAUGGCGCUUGCGUCUCCUGGCGCCCCUGGAGCCAGCGCAUCUCUGCCUUCCAGUGCUGCGGCUCUCGCGGCCGCGCCGGAGGCAACUCUUCCGCCUGCGCCUGCGGAGGUCGUGGCACAAGAAGCAAGCAGCGUGGCACCGAGCGCAGAGCCGGCAGCUGCUGCUGUCAGUGCUGCACCCAGUGGGCCCGGCAUCUUGACCCUGGCAUUCCCUGACGACGAUGCUUCAGCGAUUGUCUGGAGGACCAUUGCUCUUCCUUGAAGUUAGUUUGCGGAGGGUACGACACUUUAUGACAGGGCAGACAGAAGCCUCUAAUGGGACACGACUCGAUAUGAAGGUUUAGGGCGGAGGACUAUAAUCGACGAUGACGAGGGAGGUUUCUUAGCAGGGCCGGCAUAUGAUCGGUCGUCUUGUCACUCUCCAAGGCAGCUUCGUGUUGUCCAUGACACUGCAGACCACCCCACGCAAGCGGGGUGCGGAUGUAAAUCCAAUACAAACUUUUUUUUUUGGGUCUGA